CCCCACGUGGCCACUCAGCCCAGCAGGCCCUCCAAGCCCCUCGGCCAGCUGGCCAGUCCUACUCUCCGGCCGAGUCCUCAGCAACCGGGUGCAGGGGCCCACUGAGAGGAGCUUCUUCCGGGGGCUGGCCGCGUUGGCUCCGCAGUCAUGGUUCGGAACGUGGACGACCUGGACUUCCACCUGCCCUCGCACGCCCAGGACAUGCUGGACGGGCUGCAGCGGCUGCGCUCUCAGCCCAAACUGGCCGACGUCACGCUGCUGGUGGGCGGCCGGGAGCUGCCUUGCCACCGCGGCCUCCUGGCGCUCAGCAGCCCCUACUUCCACGCCAUGUUCGCAGGCGACUUUGCCGAGAGCUUCGCGGCCCGCGUGGAGCUGUGGGACGUGGAGGCUGCCGUGGUGGGGCAGCUGGUGGACUUCGUGUACACGGGCCGGCUGACCAUCACCCAGGCCAACGUGGAGGCCCUGACACGCACGGCCGCGCGCCUCCACUUCCCCGCCGUGCAGAAGGUCUGCGGCCGGUACCUGCAGCAGCAGCUGGACGCCACCAACUGCCUGGGCAUCUGUGAGUUCGGGGAGCAGCAGGGGCUGCUGGGCGUGGUGGCCAAGGCCUGGGCCUUCCUACGGGAGAACUUUGAGGCGGUGGCACAGGAGGACGAGUUCCUGCAGCUGUCCCAAGACCGGCUGGCCACCUGUCUGGCCAGCGACCUGCUGCAGGCGCAGCCAGAACAAAGCCGGCUGGAGGCCCUGCUGCGCUGGGUGCGCCACGACCCACAGGCCCGGGCCGCCCACCUGCCUGAGCUGCUCCACUUGGUGCGCCUGGAUGCCGUGCCCAGGCCCUGCGUGCAGCAGCUGCUGGCCACAGAGCCACUCAUCCUGGAGUCGGAGGCGUGUCAAGCAGCCCUGUCCCAGGGCCAUGAUGGGGCACUGCCUGCCCUGCCCCAGCAGCUGGAGGAGGUCCUGGUGGUGGUGGGCGGCCGGGCCCUGGAGGAGGCUGAGGAGGGCGCCGAGGAGCCCGCCCCCCAUCUCGAGAACUUCGCUUUCUACAACACCAAAGCCAAGAGGUGGACGCCGCUCCCAGACUUCCCCGACUUCCACAAGUGGGGCUUCUCCCUGGCUGCGCUGAACAACAGCGUCUACGUCACAGGUGGCUCUCGGGGCACCAAGACAGACACCUGGUCAACCACCCAGGCCUGGUGCUUCCCCAUGAAGGAGGCAGCCUGGAGGCCGGUGGCCCCCAUGCUGAAGGCCCGCACAAACCACGCCAGCUCGGCGCUCAACGGGGAGAUCUACGUCAUCGGCGGCACCACCCUGGACGUAGUGGAGGUGGAGAGCUACGACCCCUACACGGACACCUGGACGCCUGUCAGCCCGGCCCUGAAGUACGUCAGUAACUUCUCCGCGGCCAGCUGCCAGGGCCGGCUCUACCUGGUGGGCUCCAGCGCCUGCAAGUACAACGCGCUGGCCCUGCAGUGCUACAACCCCGUCACAGAAGCCUGGAGUAUGAUCGCCUCGCCCUUCCUCCCCAAGUACCUGUCCUCGCCUCGCUGUGCGGCUCUGCAGGGGGCGCUCUACCUGGUCGGCGACAACACCAAGAAGGUCUACGUGUACGACCCCGGGGCCAACCUGUGGCAGAAGGUGCAGUCCCUGCAUAGCCUGCACGAGAAUGGCGCGCUGGUGCCGCUGGGUGACGCACUGUACUUGACGGGUGGCCGCUGGCAGGGCAUGGAUGGUGACUACCAUGUGGAGAUGGAGGCCUACGACCCUAGGAGGGACGCCUGGAUCCGCCACGGCGCCCUGCCCCGCCUCUGGCUCUACCACUGCGCCUCCACCGUCUUCCUGGACGUCUCCAAGUGGACCCAGCCCUUCAGCCCCAUCCAGGAGCACUGAGCGGCUCCCCGGCACCCCCAGAGGCAGCCAGCUGACCCCCCGUGGGAGCACCCCGUUUAGUUUUGCUUGUUUGUUCACUCAGCGGGGGCUGGACUCAGGGCACCAGGGACAUCAGAGGGACAUGGUUUUGGUCUCCGCGGCCACUACACCAACGCUGAGCUAACCCGUGGCCGCGCUGGGACUCUGACACCCAAAGAGAGGGAGGAGCAGCUCCCCGGCCCACAGGGGUGUCUGAGACCUCAGAGGAAGGAGCAAGGGUCCGGGAAGCAUUGAGAACUCAAAGGACUGGCCCUGGAGAGGAAGGUGCACAAACGAGGGGUGACACAGAGUGGCCCGGGCGCUGGAGCCGCUGGGGAGGGUGGGCAGCCUGGCCCCCAGCUGUGUGACCACAGCUGGGCCUUUACUAAAGGAACGCACCACUGCCCACUGCCACCUGCAGCCCAGCGGGAGGAAGAGGCAAAAUAGGGACCCAACCUCACUCUCAUGUUUGCCCCCGUCUCUCCAUAGCGCCUCCCUGACCAAACCCAACCAGAAUCAGAGGGAAGACAGGCCACUGACACUGUGCGUAGCGGCCAGCCUGAGGGGGCAGACAGCAGGCGGGGGAGGGUGGACAGGGUGCCUCGGGCCGUGGAAGCUUUGUAGCAUACCAGCACACCCUCACAAGGUGCUCGUGUAACGGGACAGGUGUGAUUCACACAAGGAGCACCACAGAGCAGGCCAAGCCAUCCUCUUCCCAUAUCAAAGUCCUAGGGAUGCAAGGUUUGGGGCUACUGCGGACUUCCAGAAAGGCGGGUGGACAACCUUGGAACACCUGCAAAAGCCCACCAAAUCCUCAGGCCCAUGAGGGUGAGGCGGGGAAACCACCUCCCCAGCACCAGGGUGCUCAUGUCCGCCAGGUGCGUGCGUGCUGUCUUUCCCACAGACAACGUUGGGUAAACUGAGGCACCACCACCCGCCCAGCAGACCCCAGUCUUCAGUGAGCACACGAUGUCCUCCGUCGCCAGGCUUAGCAUAGCCUCCUUGGGCUCAGCUCCCUUAAGGUCCCAGGUGAGUCAGGGCCUGGGGAUGUUUCCAACCACUUCCAUCUGACUUGGGUUUUCUAGGACAUCCCAGACAGGACCCUUUCACUGAGCAUCUUCCCUGGACUAGGCAGGGACAGUGAUUGCUAGAAUCAGGCAGUUGACACUCCCAUGGAAAUGUUUGUAAUUAAAUGAACUGGUCACAUGACAGUUCGCUGUAGUCAAUUUCAAGCACUGCUCCACUUGGUAGAUCAACCAGUUGGCCCAGUGGAAACUGACUACAACAGGUUCUUUUAAAAAAAUUCUUUUCAUUGAUUUCAGAGAGGAAUGAAGAGAGAGAGAGGAAGAGAGAGAGAAACAUCCAUGAUGAGAGAGAAUCACAGAUCAGCCUCCUGCACACCCCCUGCUGGGGACCAAGCCUGCAAUCAGGGCAUAUACCCCGACCGGGAAUUAAACCAUGAUCUCCUGGUUCAUAGGUCACCACUCAACCAUUGAGCCACACCAGCCGGGCAGCAGGUUUUGAAUAAGGUUUCAUUCAGUGUCAUUCCGUUACAGUGUUGAUGAGAUGCCGUGCGAACUUGCCUCUUGUCUAUGUUAGUGAAGUCCUGGAACCUGCCAGAGGCGUUAGGUGAGGGAUGACGGUACUGACCUGGAACCUGUGAGCGGCUCACGAGUGGGUGGUCCGAGCCACAGACAGGUGAGGAUGCCCCCGCUCCGGGCGGUGUCACUCAUCAUCGCUCCCAGUGCGGGACACUCGCCUGAGCCCCAGCACCAGGCACAGCAGGGCGGCCAGGCAUGAAGCGAUGAGUGAAGCAUGACAUGGGUUGUGGGAGGCCUUCGUGGAGCGAGCUCUUCCCUGUGUGGAAUGAACACCAGGAGCCCACGGGGCUUCCUCAAAGCUGAUGGGCUGCCCCAGGGCUUCUCGGGACCAGGGGCUGGAGUGAUUUUGGUCACGGCCAACUUGGGCUCAGCUCCUUUGGUUCCCAGGUGAGCCACGAUCACAUUUAAGAAUUUGAUUCUUGCCCAGCUGGUGUGGCUCAGGGGUUGAGCGUCAACCUAUGAACCAGGAGGUGAUGGUUUGAUUCCCAGUCAGGGCACAUGCCUGGGUUGCCGGCUCAAUCCUCAGUAGGGGGCAUACAAGAGGCAGCCUAUCAAUGAUUCUUUAUCAUCAUUGAUGUUUCUCUCUCUCUCUCUCUCUCUUUCUCUCUCUCUCUCUCUUUCCCUUUCUCUCUGAAAUCAAUAAAAAUAUAUUUUUUAAAUAUUACUCAUUCUCUGAUAAUUAAAAAAUAAUAAUAAUUUGAUUCUUGCCAAAAUGGUAAAUAUAGUCAUGGAUAUCUACCCUUUUGCAUUAAAUUGAAAGGUGAACUAAAGUGUAAU